AAUGACCGUCCCUGUCGAUAACGAUACUACUCUGAACUCUGGUGAACAACAUGGGCACCUCCCAGCGUGAGGUGGAGAUUCAGCUCGACUUGCAGUUUUAAGCAAAUAACCCACACAGACCUUAGAUGGUGUUUGUCAGUUCCGUGUUGAACUGAGAAGCUGAAGUCUUUUGCCUCACUGUAACAUCGACCCAUCGCAACAUUUCUCCAUUAAUCCAUUAAACACCCCCGCGUCUGUAGAAGAAAUGUACCGGUACCUGGGAGAACUCCUGACCCGGACUGGAGGCAGCGCUCUGGCCUCGGGACUCUCCGACUCCACCCUGCCGGCCUCGGCGUCUCUGAUGCGGCUGCGGCGCUACAGUGAGGCUGCGGGAAAAGACGAAGACGACCCCAACUUCUUCCGCAUGGUGGAGGGGUUUUUCAAUCGCGGGGCCGCUAUCGUGGAGGAUAAACUGGUGGAGGAUCUGAAGACCAGAGAGACACCGGAGCAGAAGAGACACCGAGUGCGGGGAAUCCUAAAGAUCAUCAAGCCGUGUAACCACGUCCUGGCUGUUUGUUUCCCUCUGAAGCGGGAUAACGGAGAGUGGGAGAUUAUAGAAGGAUACAGAGCCCAGCACAGCCAGCACAGGACCCCGUGUAAAGGAGGUAUCCGUUAUAGCACAGAAGUGUCUGUUGAUGAAGUGAAAGCUUUGGCCUCAUUGAUGACGUACAAAUGCGCUGUCGUCGACGUACCUUUUGGAGGUGCCAAAGCUGGAGUGAAGAUCAAUCCCAGAAAUUAUUCUGACAAUGAGCUGGAGAAAAUCACACGCCGCUUUACCAUCGAACUGGCCAAGAAAGGAUUUAUUGGACCUGGCAUCGAUGUCCCUGCUCCUGACAUGAGCACCGGAGAGAGGGAGAUGUCUUGGAUAGCUGAUACGUAUGCCACAACAAUGGGACACAAUGACAUCAAUGCUUAUGCUUGUGUGACUGGGAAGCCCAUUAGCCAGGGUGGCAUUCAUGGCCGAAUCUCUGCCACUGGACGCGGAGUCUUUCAUGGCAUUGAAAAUUUUGUCAAUGAAGCUUCCUACAUGACUCAGUUGGGCAUGACUCCUGGCUUUGGAGACAAGACCUUCGUUGUUCAGGGUUUUGGUAACGUGGGUCUGCACUCCAUGCGCUACCUGCACCGUAACGGGGCAAAGUGUGUCGGAGUCGGUGAGCUAGACGGAAGCAUCUGGAACCCUAAUGGCAUCGACCCCAAGGAGUUAGAGGAAUACAAGCUGACUCAUGGUACAAUUGCUGGCUUUCCCAACGCAAAACCGUAUGAAGGAAACAUCUUGGAGGCUGAAUGUGACAUUUUGAUUCCUGCUGCUAGUGAGAAACAGUUGACCAAGAAGAAUGCGCACAAUAUCAAGGCCAAGAUCAUUGCUGAGGGUGCCAACGGUCCCACCACUCCUGAAGCCGAUAAGAUUUUCCUUGAGAGGAACAUUAUGGUGAUUCCUGACAUGUACCUGAACGCUGGUGGUGUAACUGUGUCCUACUUUGAGUGGCUGAAGAACCUGAACCAUGUCAGCUAUGGUAGACUUACCUUCAAAUAUGAAAGAGAUUCCAACUACCACCUCCUUAUGUCUGUGCAGGAGAGCCUGGAAAGAAAGUUUGGGAAACAUGGAGGUUCUAUACCUGUAGUCCCGACCUCAGAAUUUCAGGCCAGGAUUGCUGGAGCAUCUGAGAAGGACAUAGUGCACUCCGGACUGGCCUACACCAUGGAACGCUCUGCCAGGCAAAUCAUGCGCACGGCCAACAAGUACAACCUGGGGCUGGACCUACGGACAGCGGCAUACGUCAACGCCAUUGAGAAAGUCUUUAAAGUGUACAACGAGGCUGGCCUCACCUUCACAUAAACGGCUGUUUUAGUUUGUCCGCCUGUCUGUCCGUCCAUCAACAGACACCCACAUCUUUCUGCCUCCUCCCCAGCCAGAUAUUCUCUUCAAUUAAUACCUGUUUACAUUUAAAUAUAGUCACUAUACGUUACUGACACCAAAGUCUGUCUGUUACUGUAGUCUGAGUUUAGUAUCUUCCAAAAAAAAAAAAAAAAAAAGCCAAAACACUAGCGUUUGUACUGUACAACGUGGUUUAUUUGUUACGCUGCUCUGUGAUGCUCUAUUCAGGGAAGUUCUAGCUCCAGCUUUUACAGCAUAUCAGAUACAAACAGCCGUCAAGCCUUACUGUCACAACAGCACAAGUGCUCCUUUGCUUCUCAGUUAUUUCUUUUAACAAGUUAGUGGCAUAUAAAACUGACAAUUCUAUGCAUUUAUCUGUUACCAAAGUUGCACAGAAGUAUAUGUAUCUGUUGUUGCACUUGCCGUUGCCUUUAUUAUUAUUAUUGAUAGAAAAUAAUUUGGUGCUGUUAAUGCUAAUAAGCAAUCAAUAAUCUUUAUAACCACAUGCUUCCAACAUGAAAUAUAUGGACCAGAUCUUAAUAGGUAAUGUCCUGAUUAUAUGCACUUAACAUCUACAAACCCAAUUUCUAAAAAAGUCAGGACGUUUUGUAAAAUGCAAUAAAAACAACAACAACGUGUCUAGUUAGUUCACUUCAACCUUCAUUUAACUGACUAAAGUGCAAAAGGUUUUGGCUGAUCAUCUUGAUUGUAUUUUGUAAAUGUGAACAAAUUUGAAUUUGAUGCCUGGAACCCACUCACAAAAGUUGUGAUGGGGCAAAAAUAAUCAUGAGAAGUUAUAUUAUAUUAUAAUAUUCAAAUCACAAUGUUUUGAAAGAUUUUACAAUAAGCAGGUGAACUGAUCCAUCAUAAGCUCAGUCUUUGCAAUAAAACCUGGUUUGUGGCUCACAACAUUGAAUUGGCGGUCACUUCUUAUUGCAAGCUUCAAAUAAUUUAGUUCUUUAACCAUCUAUCCUACAUAAUAUUGUAAAAAGAUUCAGGGAAUCUGGUCAAAUCUCAGUUUAUGUAGGUAAGGCCACAAACCACCUUUGAAUGUUUGAAAUAUUUGUGUCCUUAGCAUUGCAUGAGAUCAUGUUAUUUUAAUAAAUAAUAAAUAUAGCCAUGUUACUCGAAAGAAAAGUCAUACUUUCAUUCUAUGUCAGGUAUUAUCUCAGAUGGAUUAAAAGUCAGUGGAAAUGUACUGUGGUCAAAUGAGUCCAUAUUACAUCGUGUUUCCGAAAAAGCCACAAAGUUUUACAUACAAAAGAUAAAUAGGGCACUCCAGACUGUUAUCAAAGAAAGGUAAAUCGUAUGGGGGUGCAUCAGUGGCCACGGCAUGGGGACCUUGCAUAUGUGUGAAGAUACUGUUGAUGUGGAGGCAUAUAUUGAAAUUUUAGAGAGAAGAAUCGGACAAUGCUGACCACGGAUCACCAUUGUCUGUCGAGCAGCUGAAGUCAAGCAAGAAUGGGCAAGAAUUCUACUUGCAAAACUGCAAUAAAUUGUGUCUUCAGUUCCUAUACAGUAAAAAAAAAAAAAUAAUAAUCUAAUUAAUAGUAAAGGUGAAAAACGCAGUAGUAAACACGCCUCGGUCCCAACUUUUUUGAGUGUGUUUCAGGCAUCAGAUUCUAAGUUUUUUUAUAUGAACAAAAUACACUAAAGCGGAUCAGUGAAAACAUUGGAAAUCUUUGUAUGUUCAUCAGUUAUUUAAAGGUUCAAAAGAGUGAACAGAUCUCAGAUUCUUGUUUUAUUGCAUUUUUUUCGAAAUGUCUCGACUUUUUAUGGAAAUGGAGUUUGUAUAUGAAAGAGGAAUUUGCUUUUUUGUUUGUUUUCAUAAUUAUAUCUGUGUAUGAAAAUCUUAGAUCCUUUACGGGGAGAGAAUUUAUACUGCCUUGUUUAAAAUAACCAACAAUAAACCGUGAACACGAGAGUGUGUCGCUUA